AUGAGCGCGUCUACAACCUCGGCUGCCAGCAGCGCAGCCACUACUACAGGAAGUAGUGGCGGCAAUAAUUCGGGCUCAGCGACAAGCUCGCCUCUUUUGUUCUUUGUUGCACUUGGAUUCGGCGUUGUCUUCACUAACUUAUGGAUCAUCGUUGGGGUGAAAUAUUGUUUCAGAUACAACCAGCGGAAUCGUCAGCUGCGCAGCGAGGAAACUGGAGAGCCUAUUGACCUUGUGGCUAUGCCUCGACCCCAUCGAAGGCGACGCGAAAAGAAACUCAUGACGAUGGACGAAGUCAAUGCACGCUUCCCUUUGAUGAAAUACAAAGUCUGGAGGUCAUCGCGCGCCAAUCAAGGCCUGCCUACGGAGGGUGGCAUCACUGCCCCUAACAGCAGACCACAAAGCUUGAAUAAUGAGGGGGGCGUUAUCUCUGUACCCGAUGAUGCUCCCGUAAAUGCAAUAACCUCUGCAGAAGUGGAGCAUGAGGUUGUAGACCCCAACACACCCCAUACGACACCCCAUGCUCAAAUUGAGCCACAUAAUCAGAAUCUGGAAGAAAAAGCAACUCGAUCUGCAGCUGUUUCCCGACAGGAUACGGACCCACCUGUGUCCCAUGAGAAAUGGCAGCAAGCUGUAAUCAGCGAAAAUAUGGAUUUAGAAGACGAUGAGGGAGACCAUAUUCGCAAUGCUGUUCCACCUGAACUGCUUCCAAACCCUGGUGAUUCCUGUGCGAUCUGCCUCGACAUAAUCGAGGAUGACGAUGAUAUACGUGGACUAACCUGUGGUCAUGCGUUCCAUGCUUCGUGUGUCGACCCCUGGUUGACCAGCCGGCGAGCUUGCUGUCCUUUAUGCAAGGCAGAUUACUAUGUCCCCAAGCCUCGUUCGCACGCAACUGAAGGAGCUUCUGGUACAGAUCGGCAAGCGCGUCGCACUGCUUCUCGUCGCCCCGAUCUUCUACCGAGACCUCCACGUCUAGCCCAUUCCAGCGGCAAUCAGACUUCCAUUUUCAGGAUGCAACUCCCUCUGUCAGGGAGGUUAUUCCAGCCGACAGCCCCAGAACCUCAGUUGGAAACUGAAACCUCUGAAACUUCUCCUCGCCGACCACAUUGGCCACGGCUCUUUCCAACUCGUCUUCGCGGAGCUUCCUCCCGCGGCCCUCGCGCCAUGAGUGACCAGCCAGCACCUGGACACACUCGAACACCCGGUGAACUCGAAGCCAACCUUUGA